AUACAGCAAAAUGAUAACAUUCAGUUUUUUUUAGACAGAGAGGAAUACGCAUCCUUGACAGAUCGUGUCAAUUAUAACUCAAAACUAAAUGUCAGUGUCAGCGAACUGUCAGAUGUCAGAAAGUAUUAACGACAAGCACAAAACAAACGUGCAGCGAAAAGUAUAAAAAGACACGAAAUUGCAUUUAAUUACCGAAAGACAUAUUUUUAAAUAGAAGAUGGCGGUGCGUCCGCAGCACAUGCACGAUGGUGGAAUUAUUGAACGUCGCUUACGGCCGAUAUACGAUUGGUUGGACAAUGGAGUAAAUAAGAAAGCGCUACAGGAAGCCGAAAAAGUCCUAAAGAAAAGUCCUACACUACAAGCCGCGCGCGCUUUAAAAGCUCUGGCGCUUUUAAGGUUAGGAAAAAAGUGUGAAGCUCAGGCGGUGCUGGAGGCGCUCGCCGAAGAAAAGCCGAGCGACGACACCACGCUACAAGCCAUGACCAUCUCCUACAGGGAGUCGCAGCAACUGCAGAAGGUGUGCGAGGCGUACGAGGCGGCGGUGCGCGCGGAGCCCGCCAGCGAGGAGCUGCACUCGCACCUGUUCAUGGCGUACGUGCGCGUGGGCGACCACCGCGCGCAGCACCGCGCCGCACUGCAGCUCUACCGCAUCGCGCCCAAGAACCCCUACUACUUCUGGGCCGUCAUGAGCGUCGUGCUGCAGGUACCGCACCCCUCGCUCACAUUUGCCACAUGCCCACCUUCAUUCCUUACCUAAUAAAUUUGCUUUUAUUAUAAGUUUAACAUG